AUGCGAGCCCUAAUUUUAAUCCUGGGAGCGGUGCUGGGCAUGUCCGAGAAGCGCGUCCAAUUCAAGCUCGCAGCCACCGUAGCGUACGAGACGGUCCCGUCGCGCGCACAAACUCUAGGUGAAGCCGCAGGAUUAAGGGAAGUGAAGCGCGUCUUCCGCCACGCGCCGAAGCACGAGGCCAAGCACCGGGCGCAGGGCCUGCACCUCUGGUACACGGGCGCCGCCGCGUCGGCCGCGGACGCGGAUCGCGCCGUCGCGCAGCUGCAAGCGGACCCCGACGUCGCGAGCGCUGAAUUAGAUCAAGAAGUGCAGAUGCUCUGAUGGCUUUUCUCACGCAACCGCUGCCGGCCGAGUUGCUCCACCUCCUCGUCGAGGGCGAGUGGGCGUUAGCGGCGCCGCCGCGCGCCGAUGCCGGAGGUAAUUCUGUUCCGGUGCGCCACCGCUUCGAGGCCGAGGGCGUGGACGUCUGGCUCACGCGCGAUACGGGCGUGGCAGCAGAGCCGCUGGAGGCCGUGGCUCUGAAUCUGGAGCGCCGCGAGGCGUCGGUCGAGCGGUCGAACGUCGGCGGCUACCACUCGCACACCGAUUUGUUCGACGCCUUCCCCCGCGCGACGCAUGCCGCGCGACAAGCGACGGAAAUCGCGGCGAGAGCCAUGGGCGCCGACGUGAGCGCUCGAGCGCCGGCGACGCGCGUCGCGGUCGAGGGCGCGCGCUUAGUGGUGGACGGCGACUACCAACUAGCGGUGCGCGCGGACGCAGCAAACUUGGAGCUCGCCGGCGCGGCGCGCGCGCACGACGCCGACGCGAGCGGCAGCGUCGAGGCGUGGGUCAACGUGUCGCGCGCCGGCCACUUCAACGCGCUCCAUGACCACGCCGGGGCGUCGGUGAGCGGCGUGAUAUGGGUCCGCGCGCCGCCGGCGCCGCGGGGCGUCGAGUUCAGCGGCUGCUUGUUCCUCGCGCUACGAUUUCCCAGCGACGACGCCCCGGGCGCCUACGCGCUCGUCGCGCCCGCCGAUCGGGCGCUCGUCGCGUUCCCCGGGCGCCUCGCGCACGCCGUGCUGCCGCUCGCGCCCGAGGCCCUGCGCGACCCGGACGACGUGCGGAUCUCGCUCGCGUUUAACUAUCCGUGA